AGAAGAGAGAGUCCAUCCAAGCCAAAAUGAACAUGUCCGUCACUAUCAAUAACCCGUCUGAAGAGAUUGCUCUUAUGCGAAAGCUCCAUGGUAACCUUGUUCUUGAGGAAUCUGGCUUUCUCAAGAAAGUCACGCAAAAGGACUCUACUUUGAACAAGAAGGCUGCUGAUACCUACUACAGCAACUGGAAGGAUAAGAAACAGCUCGCUAACAAUGAAGAGCAUGUUGAAAACAGACGCGAGCACGCUCAAGUCAUGACCAACGCUUUCUACGAUUUAGUCACUGAUUUCUAUGAAUACGGUUGGGGCCAGUCUUUCCACUUUGCCAGACUCUACAAGGGCGAUAGCUUUGAAGAAAACAUCAAGCGUCACGAAGCAUAUCUUGCUCUCAAGCUUGGAUUGAAGAGCGGUGAUAAAGUUUUGGAUGUUGGCUGCGGUGUCGGUGGUCCACUCCGUGAGGUUGUCAAAGCUUCACAGUAUGCUCAUGUCACUGGUAUCAACAACAACUCAUAUCAAAUUGAACGUUGCCAAGCUUACUCUAUCAAGUAUGGUUUGACCCCACAUACCGAUUUCGUCAAGGGUGACUUCACCAACAUGCCCUUGGAAAACCAAACCUUCGACGGUGUCUUCUCUGUUGAAGCAACAGUUCAUGCCCCCAAGCUUGAAAUGGUGUACGGUGAAAUCUACCGUGUGUUGAAGCCUGGUGGUAGAUUCGCUUGUUAUGAAUGGUGCACAACACCUUCGUAUGAUGAAAAGGACCUUUCACAAAAGAAGGUCAUCCAUGCCAUUGAAGAGGGUAACUCUAUCUCAAAGUUGUAUACUACGCAACAGUGCUUGGCUGCUCUCAAGUCGGUUGGCUUUAAGGUUUUGGAAGAAGGUGAUGCAGCUAUCCUUGACGAUGCAACUGAGCCUUGGUACAACACCCUCAAGGCUCCCGAAGGCUUGCGAGGCAUGCUGAGAAGCCCAUGGGGCAGAUUUUACACUCACUCCUUGCUCACCUUCUUCAGUAAGUUUGGUGUUGUUCCCCCUGGUGUUUUGGAAACUUCUCAGCUUCUCAAUGACGCUGCCGAUUACUUGGUUAAGGGUGGUGAAAUGAAUAUCUUCACCCCUAUGUACUUCUUUGUCGUCGAAAAGCCUUUGGAUGGGUAAAUAGUGUCUAAUAUCCUCUCACAUCUUGUAUUUUCUCCUCCUCUUCCCCCUCUUUCGCCACCUUUUUAUUCAUAGUCAUGAGAAUUUAUUUUUGCCUAUUUAAAAAACGGUUUACCACUUUUUUCUUUCUUCGAUGCAAGUGAAAUCAUUGUAUUUCAUACUGCUUCAUAAUUUGGCUCCCAAAAAGAAUAAAAUAUCAAAAAC